UCUCACGGUAUUUGUAGUUUCUUCUGGACCCAAGCUCUUAGCGCUCGGUAGCCAAGAGAGAGGCCAAAAGACUCUAAUUCCCAGAGGGCAGAGCGGAAGCUGCGCCUGCGCACUCUCAGUGAGGGCGUGUAUGUCUGUGUCUCUGAGGGAGAGAGAGCGAGAGUGAGUGAGUGUGAGUGCGGGGUGGGGUGGUGGCCGUUACGUUCGGGGCAACGGCAGUGGAGAAGUAAGAAGAGACACAACGUCCGGCGCUUCCGCCUUCGCUUCGGAGGAGGAGGAGGAGGAGCUGGUAGGGAAAGGAAAGUGAUUCGCCCUGGGCCUGGACUAGACGCGAGUCCGGCUGGUGGGGGUCUGGGCUAUGAGCCUUUGAGGGUCGCUUGGGACGCGGAGCGAGACACGAGAGCCGAGAGCUAUGUCUCAGCCGCCGCCGCCGCCUCCGCUGCCGCCGCCACCUCCACCCCCUGAAGCUCCGCAGACUCCGUCGUCUCUGGCGGCGGCGGCGGCGAUAGCUCCGGGGGGGCUCUCGAAGCGGAGGGACCGGAGAAUCCUUUCCGGGAGCUGCCCGGAUCCAAAGUGCCAGGCGCGUCUGUUCUUCCCGGCCUCCGGUUCUGUCAGCAUCGAGUGUACCGAGUGCGGACAGCGGCACGAGCAGCAACAGCUGCUGGGGGUGGAAGAGGUGACCGACCCGGACGUGGUGCUGCACAACCUGCUGCGGAACGCGCUGCUCGGGGUGACGGGGGCACCCAAGAAGAACACGGAACUGGUAAAGGUGAUGGGCCUUUCCAACUACCACUGCAAAUUGUUGUCGCCCAUAUUAGCUCGCUAUGGCAUGGACAAACAGACAGGCCGAGCCAAGCUUCUCCGGGACAUGAACCAAGGGGAACUGUUCGAUUGCGCUUUACUGGGUGACCGCGCCUUCCUCAUAGAACCAGAACAUGUGAACACGGUGGGCUAUGGCAAGGACCGCUCUGGAAGCCUUCUGUAUUUGCAUGACACUCUUGAGGACAUCAAGCGGGCCAAUAAAAGUCAGGAAUGCCUCAUUCCAGUGCAUGUGGACGGGGAUGGACACUGCCUGGUGCAUGCUGUGUCUCGUGCGCUGGUAGGCCGGGAGCUUUUCUGGCAUGCCUUGAGAGAGAAUCUGAAGCAGCACUUUCAGCAGCACUUGGCCCGAUACCAAGCCCUGUUCCAUGACUUCAUCGAUGCUGCUGAGUGGGAGGACAUUAUCAAUGAGUGUGACCCUCUGUUUGUACCACCUGAGGGUGUUCCUUUGGGUCUGAGGAACAUCCACAUAUUUGGCCUUGCGAAUGUGUUACAUCGUCCCAUUAUUCUGUUAGAUUCCCUCAGUGGUAUGAGAAGCUCUGGCGAUUAUUCAGCCACCUUUCUGCCUGGACUCAUCCCAGCAGAGAAGUGCACUGGGAGAGAUGGUCACUUGAACAAACCAAUCUGUAUUGCGUGGAGUAGUUCUGGUAGAAACCAUUAUAUCCCCUUGGUGGGCAUAAAAGGGGCUGCUUUGCCCAAACUGCCUAUGAAUUUACUACCUAAAGCAUGGGGUGUGCCUCAGGACCUUAUCAAAAAGUACAUAAAACUUGAGGAUGAUGGUGGUUGUGUUAUUGGAGGAGACAGAAGUUUGCAAGAUAAGUACUUACUUAGGCUUGUUGCUGCUAUGGAAGAAGUCUUUAUGGACAAACAUGGUAUCCAUCCUAGUUUGGUUGCUGAUGUCCAUCAGUAUUUCUACAGGAGGACUGGGGUGAUAGGAGUUCAGCCCGAAGAAGUUACAGCAGCUGCUAAAAAAGCAGUAAUGGAUAAUCGCCUUCACAAAUGUUUGCUCUGUGGUGCCCUUUCUGAACUUCAUGUUCCUCCAGAGUGGUUGGCUCCAGGAGGGAAACUGUAUAACCUGGCAAAAAGCACUCACGGACAGCUGAGGCCUGACAAAAAUUACAGCUUUCCCUUGAACAAUUUGGUCUGCUCAUACGAUACAGUGAAAGAUGUUCUGGUACCAGACUAUGGAUUGAGUAAUCUAACAGCUUGUAAUUGGUGCCAUGGCACAUCUGUGCGGAGGGUCAGAGGAGAUGGGUCUAUUGUGUAUUUGGAUGGAGACAGAACUAAUUCUAGGUCCACUGGUGGCAAAUGUGGUUGUGGAUUCAAACACUUUUGGGAUGGGAAAGAGUAUGACAAUCUACCAGAAGCUUUUCCUAUUACUUUGGAAUGGGGUGGAAGAGUGGUCAGAGAAACAGUAUAUUGGUUCCAGUAUGAAAGUGAUUCAUCUUUGAAUAGUAAUGUUUAUGAUGUUGCAAUGAAACUUGUUACCAAGCACUUUCCAGGUGAAUUUGGGAGUGAAAUCCUAGUUCAGAAAGUUGUCCAUACUAUAUUGCAUCAGACUGCCAAAAAGAAUCCUGAUGAUUAUACCCCUGUAAAUAUAGAUGGUGCUCAUGCCCAAAGAGUUGGAGAUGCACAAGGACAAGAAUCAGAGUCUCAGCUCCCAACUAAAAUUAUACUUACUGGACAGAAAACAAAAACUUUACACAAAGAGGAGUUAAACAUGAGUAAAACUGAAAGAACUAUUCAACAGAAUAUUACGGAACAGGCUUCUGCAAUGCAGAAACGGAAAACGGAGAAGUUAAAACAAGAACCAAAAGGGCAUCCCAGGACUGUUUCUCCCAGUACCAUUCGUGAUGGCCCAUCCUCUGCACCUGCCACCCCCACCAAGGCUCCUUAUUCACCUACAACUUCUAAGGAGAAGAAGAUCCGAAUAACAACUAAUGAUGGGCGGCAGUCCAUGGUUACACUUAAAUCUUCAACAACCUUUUUUGAACUUCAGGAAAGUAUAGCCAGAGAAUUCAACAUUCCUCCAUAUUUGCAGUGUAUUCGAUAUGGUUUUCCUCCUAAAGAGUUAAUGCCACCACAGGCAGGGAUGGAAAAGGAACCAGUUCCUUUACAGCAUGGUGACAGAAUUACAAUAGAGAUUCUGAAGAGUAAAGCAGAAGGUGGCCAGUCUGCUGCAGCACACUCAGCCCACACUGUGAAACAAGAAGAGAUUGCUGUUACUGGUAAACUGUCAUCUAAGGAACUUCAGGAGCAAGCUGACAAAGAAAUGUACUCCUUGUGUCUUCUAGCAACAUUAAUGGGAGAAGAUGUAUGGUCUUAUGCAAAAGGACUUCCACACAUGUUUCAGCAGGGUGGUGUCUUCUACAAUAUUAUGAAGAAAACCAUGGGUAUGGCUGAUGGCAAACAUUGUACUUUUCCACAUCUACCUGGCAAAACCUUUGUCUAUAAUGCUUCUGAAGAUAGACUGGAGUUGUGUGUGGAUGCUGCAGGACACUUCCCCAUUGGUCCUGAUGUUGAAGAUUUAGUUAAAGAGGCUGUAAGUCAGGUUCGAGCAGAGGCUACUACAAGAAGCAGGGAAUCAAGCCCCUCACAUGGGCUAUUAAAACUAGGUAGUGGUGGCGUAGUAAAAAAGAAAUCUGAGCAACUUCAUAACGUAACUGCUUUUCAGGGAAAGGGGCAUUCUCUAGGAACUGCAUCCAGUAGUCCACACCUUGAUCCAAGAGCUAGGGAAAGAAAGCAUAAUACAGGGACAGACUUUAGUCAUAGUUCCACAAAAACAGAGCCUCCUGUCUUCACAUCUGCUCCUGGUAACAGUGAGCUGAUUCGAAUGGCGCCUGGAGUAGUAACAACGAGAGACAGCAGGCAGCUUGAUCCUGAUUUGGUUGAGGCCCAACGAAAAAAAUUGCAGGAAAUGGUUUCUUCUAUCCAGGCUUCAAUGGACAAGCACUUACGGGAUCAAAGCACAGAGCAGUCACCAUCUGAUCUUCCUCAGAGGAAAGGAGAAGUGAGUUCUUCUGCAAGGUCUGGGAGUCUUCAGACUAGCGUGGCUGAAUCUUUUUCUUUAACUGGUGGCACUGAAAAUUUGAAUACAGAAACAACUGAUAGCUGUGUGGCAGAUGCAUUGGGAGCAGCUUUUGCCACAAGGUCAAAAGCACAAAAGGGAAAUUCUGUGGAGGAACCUGAAGAGAUGGAUAGUCAAGAUGCUGAGAUGACUAACACAACUGAGCCAAUGGAUCACUCUUGAUUUAAUUAGAGGCUGAUAAAGGCAUAGUGUUUAUUGUGAAUAUGUAAUAUUUGUUGGCUGGGCCACAUAACUUGAUUAGUCAUUAAAAAUCUUGUACGUAUAUAAUUCAGAGAUUAUAUCUUGUUAUUCAGUGCAUGACAGCAAUGUGUGAUUGGCAAUAGCUUUUAAUAUUCUGCUGCCCAGGCUGGCUCUGAAUUCCUAUAAACUAGUUAUUAGAUCUGCUGAGAUGAGUUUCUUCCAUAUAUGUGGUUCAUUGGAAGUUGUUUGUAAUUUUAAUUCCACGAAUGUUUUAACAUUUCAUACAUGAAAAAUCUCUUGCUAAAUAUGUUUUCUGAAAAGGCCAGAACUAGGGAGUAAAUAAGAUUUUGCUAAUGUUGAUGUCAUCAAGAUAACCAUCCCACAAAUUUAUUAGUGUGUCAAAAGAUUUAUGUAAAACUGAAGGUUGUCUGAACUAAAUUGUAUCUUAAAAUUCAUAAAAUGCUUCAUUAAACAGAUUCUGACAUUUCCAUGAAUGUAAACACAUUCAUAGGGAUAGGUAUUCGUGGCAAAAGUAUCUUGAGAAUGUAGUGUAAUGAUAUAACAAUUUGCUGAUUUGAGCAAAGUUGGAAAAAAAUAUCUGUUCUAAAAUGAUAAAGUCAAUGUGAUUCAGUUUUGUUGCUGUCUGAGCCAAUACAACUAAUUGUGUGCUCUAUUAUUGAUAAUAAGUUACCAUUAUUUUUUGACUCCUGGCCUGGUCAAGUAUCACCUAAUUUUUUUUUAAUCUUGCAGAAAAGUGGAUUGCAAAUUGUGGUAGAAAAUUAAAGAAAUAAUGGUAGCAGUAGUUAAUCUCUAAUUUUCAGUUUGUCAGAUUCACAGAAUUUAUAAAUAAGAAUUUAUCUUUAUGAAUAAGUUACAUUGUUCUACGAUUUUGAUCAAUGGUAUUUAAGCCUGUAUAUGCUAAGUGUCUUUAAGCCCCUUUGAGCCAAAAAUGUUCCUUUGUUUUUGUAGAGUCCAUAAGGUUUUAUUUGUUUGCUUAACUUGGGUUUGGAUGCAAAUUUUACUGCAUCAUACCCUGAUUUACUGGGCAUUUGCUUGAUAGUGUAUUCAACAAAUCUUUAGUGCCAGUUUCCUUGAGAAGCAGCUUUUAUGCUUAUUCCUUAAAGAAAAAGAGUGUUUAAUCUUGAGAUUGGUAUUGCACUAUUUUAUCCUAUUCUGCAAAUCUGUAUUCUGAAUUGUACAUUUCAAUCCAUCUUCUUCCUCUGUUCACUGAAAUUAAGUUGAAUUUGAAUGGAUGAAAGACAAAGAUAUAUGUUAAUACAGUCUCUUACCUAGAGCAUUCAAAGCCUGGCUGUCUCUGUUUGCACAUGUAACAGAUGUAGAAGUGCUUGCAAUUCUAAGAAAAUGUAUAUCAGGUAUUUAAAAAUCUCUACCUGUUGAUACAUAAGGGAUAUAGACAGGACUUUAACUUGUUUUUCCAGAUAAAGGAGGUUUUGAUUCUUUCUAUGAAAGUAUCUCUAACUGAAUCUUCACAUUAAACAAACUACUCCAUUUUGAAUAAGGAAAGAUUGGAGAAUCUAGACAUUUUACAAAUGCAUCUGAACAAGAUAUAUAUACAUCUAUGUCAAUUAAUUUUUAUCACAUCACAUGCUUUUCUUUGUAAUAUUUUAUUUCCAUUCUUCUAGUUAGAAAUUUGUUUUUAAAUGUCUUUCUAUAUAUCUAAAUAGCAGGAAAAUUUAGAACUUCUAUAUUGUGCACUAGUUUUACUUAAAGUAAGAGAUGCACCUACCAAAUAAUAUUUGUCACUUAGUCUAGCCAGCUUCUGUGCAUUAAAGAUAUCACUUCACUAACCACUAUGAUUUUUGGAUUUUUCAGCCAUUGGAAUGUUUUCCAUUUUUUCAUUUUUUGGACUUAAAUAUGGUAAAACUGUUUAAUAAGCAAAAAAAAAGCACUGCUUCCAAAUUAUAUAAUCAUCUUUUCUUUAACAAAUACUUCACCUGUGGCUUGGUAUGUUUAGUUAAUAACUGACAAACAUAAUCUCAUAGUGUUAAAGUAAAAAUAUCAAGAAACAUGUGAACAUUAGAAGAUGGGAUUUAUCUCUGACAAUACUUUGUUAGUUUCUGUAGCUACAGUAAUGCUCUUUAGAAGCCAGUCAGGUAUGGAUAAUACAAUAACAGUUUGGAUUCUCCUUUGAUAAAGAAUAAAAGGCUUGAUUCUGAGAAGUGAUAAAAAUUUCUUGAAAUUAUUUUAAACAAGCUGGAAAUUUGGUUGGAGGAAAUUUAUGUUUUUUGUUAAGUGGGCCAGAUGUCAUCGUGACAAAGAAAUUUUGUUUCUUUACUUUUUUUUAAACUUCUUUAUUUAUUUGAGGAACAGAGACAGACAGAGAGCUCCCAUCUAUUGAUUGAAUUCUCCAAAUGACUGCAAUGCUCAAGGCUGGGCAUGGUGGAAGCCAAGAGCCAGGAUCAGAAGCCAGGUCUCCUCAUGGGUGGCAGGAACCCAAUUACUUGAGCCAUCACUGCUGCCUUCCAGGAUCUGCAUUAAGCAAGAGGCUUGAGUCACAAGCUAGAGUCAGAAAUUGAAUCCAAGUACUCUUAUACGAGACACUGGCAUCUUAACUACUGUCUUAACUGCUAGACUAUAUGCCCACUCCCUCUGUAAGUUUUAAACAUCAUCCUUUGACCUUCCCUAUGGUUAUCAUAAUCAAACACAUGAAUAUAGAAUGAUUAUUGAUCUUAGUACUAUCAUUUAUGAUAUUGCCACAUCUUUGAGUCCAAAUCAGCUAAAAAAAUUUUUUAGCCCUGGAUGUUAACAUAACUGUAACUUGAUACUUUAAUUCAGUUCUUUUUGCAGUGUCCUACUGAACAUUGAGAUAAAAUUGUGAACUUCUUCAGUAAUUUGUUCUAUAGUUAAUCAUACCAAGUUUGAGUUGAUGACCCAAAGUGUAGGUGGAGUUAAACGUGGUGUAUGUCCAAAAUACUGGUAUGAGGAACUUGUUGAAAUUGAAGAAAACAGGGCACUGCCAAAUAUUAGGAGACAGAAUAAUAUUUAACUCCAGGGAGAUGCUUACUCAGGAACUAAGGAGCAGGCCUAUAUAGCCUACUUUAUCCCCUUUCGCUAUCUUUUCAGAUAUUUAUUAGAAAAUGUUAGGGUUGAGGCCUGAGAAAUUUAGCAAAUGCUAUUGACUGAAACUUGCUCCUAUGAUUUUACUUUGGUUUUUACAGUCAAGGCUGCUGAUUGCAGUUAAGGUAUAAAUCUGAAGUACAUCUGUGAUUCCUAGCCACAGGUCCUUAUUGCCACUGUGUUAAGUAUUUAAUUUCAUUGGAGAUGAGCAUAUGGUCUUUUUACCUCAGGGAAGAUCACUUGCUAGCAACUCAUAUACUACUAAUGACAGAUUUUUGAGAGUUACAUUGACAUACCACAUGUUAGCUGCUAAAUACAAAAAUUAUAAUAGUAUUAUUUUAUGUAGUUACCUACUAAGAAUGCCUGCUAAAUAUUUAGACCUCACAACCAACCUUUAGGUAGGAAAUAAACAUAUAACUUCUGUCAUUAAUUACAUAAUUGAUCAAUAUGGUGACAAUACUAUAAAACACUUCAGUAUCAAUACAAUUUUGUCCUCAUUUUUCAACAGUAACUUAAUUGGCCCAUAUUUAAAAUGCUACUGCACAGAUUUUGAGAAUUUUACGGUUCUCGAAGCAAGAUUUCCAUCUUCAGAUUUUCAUGAAAGCAAAGCUUUUGCAAAAUUAGUUAAAUUCCAAUCAAUAUGAACUUUAAAUGAAAUUUUCUAACAGGUAUAGAUAAUAUUUUAUGUAAUUUGGGUAGACAUCCUACAUUUCAAGGUUAUCACAUAAUUUAACAAAAUUGUACAACCUCAAGGCUCUUUACAAUUACUUUAAGAAAUUUUCAAGCCAAAACUAUUUACAUGAAAAUACAGCAAAAUGUAUAUUUAAGGAAUAAAAUAGCAAAGGGGAGAUAUAUCACCAAUGUAAGAUAGUAGAGUUAAUUGCAAGUUCUGCCGUUCUUGAUUCUUCAAGAUGCUAAGUGUUUCAAUUGAUAUUUAAUGAUACUUAAAUCGUGGAAAUUUUAACAUUUGUCCCAGAAUACCAGAAAUUGUAAAAAUUGUGAAUUAUUGGAUAAAAUGCCAUUACUUGUAUAUCUGACAUUUAAAUUUUUUAAUUAUGGAGUCUACAAGCUUUUGUAGUAUAAUAGUACAAUGAUUAUUCUCUUGUAAAAGAAAAGGAAAACUAGUAAAGAAAAAAGUUUUAGUUGAUGUUAUCUGCUUGUGAGUAUCAAUUACUUAGUAUUUCAAAUUAUAAAGUAUUGCAUAUUUUUCUUAAGAAAUCCCUUCCUGAGCCUUUAUGCCUGUGGUAGAGCAAUAAAAGACUGAAAAGGUUACCAGUAUUUUCAGGUUUGUUUGACUUUAAAGUCAAUUUGUAAGAAUUAGUGCCAAGAACAAGAGAGAAUACUUUUUAGAGGGAACUGCUAUUUAGAAUAUGUAAAAAUAAGCAGUAGUAGCAUAAAUAUUUAGAAAAAGUGGAAUAGCAAGUACUUCAACUGCUUAAUAAAAUAGUAUAGUUGUUACAUCAUCCUUAAGGCACUGGCUGUUUUCCAUUUUCUGAUUUUUGAUUACUGUAUAUAUUUAAGUGAUGAAUAAUUGCUAAUAGUGUAUUAUAACAGUGUAUAGUGUUCUACACAGCUCACUGUACAGUAUUUGAAGUUUUCUUUGAUAUCAAUAAUAAAACUUCCCUCAACUUCUCCACAUUAA